AUGUGUGCGGAAGACGUAGAGAAGCUUGUGAAUGACCGACUUCGAGACUUGAAGACCGGAGGAAAUUUCGAAGAUGUACUACGAAAGGAGAUAGACCAGGCAAACUCUAUGUCUUUCACUGCCAAAAUCGAGCAGGCUGCUCCCCUGAAGAGAUUCCCAACACCCACAUUCACACACUUCAGGGAGGAUUUCGAUCCUGAGAGCCAUCUAAAACACUUCAAAAAUGUCAUGAUCCUCCACAAGGCCGACGAAGCGUUGAUGUGCAAGGCGUUUGCAAUGACCUUGGGAGGAGCCGCCCAAGACUGGUUCCACACUCUGGCAUCCGGGUCAAUCAUCAGCUUCAAGGAGCUGACUUACGUAUUCACCAAAGAAUACACCUCUUACCGGACAAUCAAGAAGAACCCUAACCACCUGUAUAACCUACACAAGAAGUUCGACGUAUCUCUUCGAGAUUACAUCAAGAGAUUGAAAGUAGAAAAGGCCAAUGGAUGUGACGACCAAAUCGCGUCCUUUGCUUUCAAGAAAGGCCUUUCGACUGAGCAUGACUUGUAUCGCGAGCUGACCAUCACUCCCAGCCAGACUCUGGGAUGA